UUGAGCCUCAGCUUUAAAUACAGUGGCGGUCGAGAUGAGCAAGGUCGUGUUCGUCGGGAAUGUCCCGUACAAUAUGCAGGAAGAAGAGCUCAUUGAGACCUUCAAGACUGUCGGACAUGUAGUUGGCUUCAGACUGGUGUAUGACAGGGAUACAGGAAAACCCAAAGGAUACGGGUUCUGCGAGUUUGCGGACCAUGAGACGGCAAUGUCUGCUGUGCGCAACCUCAAUAACACCGAUUGUGGCGGGCGGAAUCUCCGGAUCGACCUAGCGGAUUCAGAUCCAUAUCUCGAAGGGAAGACUACUGUGCAUGGUGAAAUCAUCGACGCCGGAGAGACGAGAGCUCAGUGGCGACAGCGUGAAAAACGCGAUCAUGAUGACCGACGACCCUCAGUGCAGGAUCCAGGACAGUUCUUGAAAUCUUUGCCGCAAGGUGUCCCGCUCGCUCCAGGCACAACGGCACUUGAUGCUAUCAGCCACAGGCUUGCAACGAUAGACCCAGCACAGCUCACUGAGGUUCUUGCGCAGAUGAAGGCUUUUGUCAUAAAUCACCCUGACCAAGCUCGAAUGCUCCUCGUCGCACAUCCACAACUCUCAUAUGGCCUAUUCCAAGCAUUACUUAUGAACCGAAUUGUCGAUCCUGCCAUCCUGCAGAGAAUGUUAGCAGCAACUCAGGCAGGUUCAAGUACAACACCCGCACCCGCAGCACGGCCGCCAGUACCAGCCGCACCACCUUCGCAAAUGCCACCAGUACAAGCACCACCGAUGCCAUCCCAAUACCCGCCUUUCCCUCCAACGAUGCCGCCCACGAUGCAACCUGCGCCAUAUUACCAGCAACCGACCCCACCUCAACCGCCUGUGCCUCCUACUCAGUCUGUUCCAACGCCAACACCCGCACCCUCCGUCCCCACUCCUGCACCUUCAGGAGCGGCUCCGCCACAGUUCAAUUUGCCGGAUAACAUUGAUCCAGCUCAGAGGGCAAUGUUGACGAGCGUACUCGCCCUUCCACCCGAACAAAUCCAAAAUCUUCCGCCUAAUGAGCGUGAAGCUAUCAUGUUACUGCGGGCCCAAUUCUUAGGGCCGAAUGCCAAUAAGCAAAGUUAAUCAUUAUGCAGUUCAUUCUGUAAUCCCUUCUCCUUCUAUAAUUUCUUCGACAAUACCAGCCCAAAUGAUUUCCAAAAUAUUAUUUGAAAACAUUAUACAAAGGACAACUGUUCUUUUACAUGCUUGCAAUUUGUAGUAGAAAA